AUGACUCAAAAUGGAAUGGAUAAAUCAAAGUAUGAAGAAUUGGAUGCAAUUUUAGAAAAAUUACCUACUUAUGAAGAAUAUAAAAAAUUAAAUAAUAAUGUUACUGAUGCUAUAUAUGAUGAUAAGUGUAAAGAUUUUGUAACUAAUACGGAUGAAGUUAUAACACUUUGCAAAAAGUUUUUAAGGAAUAUAGAUAAUUUAGCAUCUCACAAGGGUAAAGAUGAAUAUAAGUCCACAUAUUUUUAUUUAUCUCAUUGGAUCGUGGAUGAAUUAGGGAAAAUUUUUACUACUAAUUCAGGAAAUGAAGCUAGACAAACUAUAGAUAAAAUCAUUCAUUUAGGGAAUAUUAGUCAUAGUGAAAAAAAUAAUAGAAUUUAUUUUAUUUAUAACUCAGAUUUUGAUUUUAAGAUUGCUAAAGAGGAAAAAUAUCUUCAUGAUUAUUUUAAAAAUUUUAAAGAGAUUGAUAAAUGUACUAAAGGAGAAUGCAAUGAUUAUGCUAAAUUUGUUGAAUAUAUAACAACAAUAUACUAUGAGCAUAAAGAGGAUUGUCUUUGGUGGCAAUGUAAUUAUUUUAUUCAUGAUCAAAAAUAUGAUCCAGAUGAUUUAUUAUUGAAGUUAAAAGGUGACGUUCAUACAAGUGACGCUUCAAGAAAUAAUAGAGGCAUAGGGAUGAGUAGUGAACAAUUAGAGAAUCCUGGAAGUUCCAACUUGGACAAAGGUAUGAUAAUUAAAUAUAUGAGUUGUAUUAAAAAAAAUGGAGUGGAUGGAAAAUUUCUCGGUUACAUUUGCGAAGAUCCAGCAUAUAAAGAUCUCGGGAAUAUAUAUAAUCUCAAAUGUACAAAUGUUACUGGGAAUGAUGGGAAAUAUAUUGGAUUAAGCUGCAAUAAAACUAAUUCAGAACAAAGUUCAACUGGAGGUGGUUUAGCAGGGAAAGAAACGCUUCAACGGGAAUCGCAGACACAACCUACAGAGUUAGAAACUUUAGAUUGGGCUGCUGAAAUAUUUGCAGAUUCUUUAGAAAACAAGGAUAAUUCCUUAAAAUCUGGGAAUAUCAUGCAAGGAGUUAGACUAGUAUCCGUCUAUCGUGAUAUAACAAAAAUUGAAAAAGAGCUUGAUAAAAUGGAAACCCACCUAAUUUCUGAAAAUGGAGGGACCAAUCUUAUAUCAACAUUAUUUCCUGAGGUUCCAAAAGAAUAUAGAGAAAAAUAUAAAGAUGAAGACAUAAUCGAUUGUAAGAUAUACGGCAGAGAACGCAACAAAUUAAUCUGCAAAAAUACAAUACCCAAAAACUAUGAAGAAAAAACUAAUGAACAAGAAACUCGUACUAAUUCAAUUAAUGAAAAUGUUCUCGAAAUUGGGGAUGAGCCUGAUUCUUCUAUUGAAAUAGACGAUACAUUUGACAUAUUUAAAUCCACAAUAUUCCGUACUUUUGUUAUGCUUGCUUUAUCUAUUGGAAUACUUUUUGUCCUUUUUAUUUAUUUUAAAGUACAUAAAAAUUGUAUUUUAAUAUAUCUGUACUAUUGUUUAAUAAAUAUUAGUUAA